AUGCGUCGUUUUCUACAUAUUGGCAUUUCUCACUUGUACCUGGCUCGAUUUCUUAUCGUCGGCACACGCGGAAUUGUACCUGAAAUUGGUUUUUUACCCGCGUUUGAAAGUCGGCGUAGGAGGCGUAUGAGGCUUGGUGGAGAAAACGCGAAAAACGAUACAGAAACAAGCGGUGUUCCAGUGGUUCCGGCGAUGGACGAAUACGAAGCAAAGUCAAUCUGUUUUGAGAAGUAUGGCUUUAUUCAAAAACCUCUACUUGUGAAAAAUUGGUCGUUUUUUUUGCAAGAGCUACGCCGAAUUGAGUUCCGUUGGGCUUUGUCCCCAAACGCCGGUGGUGUUAUUGUGUUUACUGCUUUGGAACACGGGAGAGAAGGAGAAAAGGUUCUUUGUAAUCUCAAGGGGUCCACAGGAUGUGCACCAAUUGCCGAGUUUUUUGAGUGCUGCGGAGGUCUUAUUCAGGGCAGAUGUGACAAAUAUUUUGUGAAGUUUCUUGAUCCUGAUGGAGGUGAACAUGUGGUUAAGAUCGUUUCUAAGCGACAGAUUGCUGCUAGUGAUAACGUUAGUCCUGUUUUUGAUGAACCAAUACUUCCUGUGUUAGCACAGCACAACUGUCGGGGAACAUCUGUAGAAGUCUCCGUAACAGAUUCUAGGACGGGUGUCUUGACUCCUGUGUUUAACGAUAUAUCUUUGCAGACCUUUAAUUACGCUUUUCUGACUUCCAUACCUGUGUUUCUUAAGCGCAAUGAUGUUGGGAUACGGAACGCUGACUUUGUCUCGAAGGAACAAAUGCGGCAUUUUCGUUUUGCAUGGUGUUUUUUGCGGCGGGAAUCGCUAAUGACGGCAGUUGAAAUGAGUGAGUUAGAUCUUUUGUUACCACCUUGA